AUAAUUGAAGGGUCAGAAGAAAGACUGAUGUAGUUGGACGGAAGUAUUGGCAUAAUCGGUUUUUUUUUAUGUCAAGAUCUACUCGAUUACAUGUCCUCAGUUUGCCAGAGAUGCAAUUACAACACCAAAGCAAAUAUUAGAGUUGGCUGUACAUUUGUGCGAUACUCACAAAAGUAAUCACCAGAGUCGCGAGGUGAGUGAGGGAAAGGCGCGGCGUGUUUGUUGUAAGGAAAAGUUUCGCUGAUUUUCUCUGUGAACCGCAAAACUACACAAACUCACUUUGAACACUGACCAUUCAAUUACUUGUCAUUCUGAUGAUAACACGAUUUAUCAGAAAAAAAAACGCCGAGAAGCUAUUUACAGCCCAUAACCAGAAAGUGGACCAUCGCACGCAUGGCAUAAGCCGGCUGUAUUACCCCGAGAGUUUACAAAAUAUAGGAUUUGCAACAACCGGUGUAAAAACAUCAACACGCUCUCAACAGCUGUUCGUUAGACUUGGUGUAAACACCAAGUCUAACGAAACACACGACGACAUGUACGAGGAAAUCCCUGAGCGCUCGCCCGCCGCCAAAGCAGUGGAAAUCUCCAUUCUGUUACUGAUAGACGCAGCUGCGCUCUUUGGUAAUCUACUUGUGUGCAUCGCGUCGUACAAAAAUAAGUCUCUUCGCACAUCUACUAAUGUGUAUAUCAUCGCGUUAGCAAUUAUGGAUAUUCUUACUGCAUGCGUCACGGCGCCGCUCUCGCUCGGUGCCAUCAUGAAGGGAAGGUGGAUAUUUGGCGAUACCGGCUGCCGAGUGCAAGGGUUCUUCACGCACUUUCUGAUUUACUCGUCAAUGCAUAUCCUCGCUCUCACAGCCGUCAACCGUUACUUUCGCAUCGUCAAUACCCGCUAUUACAAGAGGGUGUUCGGUGGGUGCCGCCCUGUUCUCUAUCUACUAGGCGUAUGGACCUCCGUCGCUUUGAUUGUCUCUCUCCCCCCUUCACUCGGCUUUGCAGAUUUUGCUUUUGAACCGGGAGUAUCCUUAUACUUGUGUAUUCUAGAUUUUAAUACUUCCACCGGCGAACAUGCGUUUCUUUUUAUUGUGUUGUUUCUCUAUGUCGUUCUCUCUAUGGCUAUCAUAAUCGCUUCCUACAUCUCGGUCUCCAAGACAAUCCGUCACCAUAACCUUCACCUACAGACCACCAUUGUGUUAAAUCACCGACUCGGUCAUCUUAGCGUCGAGGAAAUCAAGAUAACACGUACUCUGUUUAUACUCGUCAUGGCUUUUGCAGUACUGUGGAUACCUGUGUAUUCUGUCGUGUCGAUCAUUCGCACAGGUUUGGGCGGGGAGAUGACAGACGCGGGCUCGAUCAUUGCAACGUAUUUAAUCUUUUUAUCCUCUGCUAUUAACCCAUAUAUCUACGCGUUCAACCACAGGUCGUAUAGGAAUGAAUUUAAAAAGAUUUUGUCGUGGAAAUCGAAUGAGGUUGUGGGACCGGCUCAUGUAGCUGGUGGGCACCCUGUGGUCAUAUACUGUCCAAGUAAUUGUGAUCAAAUUCAACGCGCUUCACAGUAACCUCAACUCUCGACCGAUACCUGUCCAACUGUCUCUUGGGGUAACGUGUACGCUAAUACAACUCUAUACACUUUUAUAUACCAAAACAUUUACAGUGAAAACCCGAUAACUAGAACUCGGAUAACUAGACUAGCUGACUUCAAGUUCACGAAUAAUAGGGUUCUCGGAAACGUCUCCUUCAGGAAAUUCUCCGAGCAUGCAUAGCUACUCAAUUCUGUGCCGAUCUUCGUGUCAAGUUGGUGGUUUUUUUUUUCACCACCUUCUACAAGCAAUAAAGGAAAAGUUGCUCAUUGGACUAGAAAUAUAAGUAAUACGCGGUGUAGAAGUACAGCAGUAGACAUAGUAAGAGUACCCACCAGUGGUAAUAGCGCUCUGCCUUUUACCAGCAGACGUUUGAGAAAUACAUUUUGUUUAUAUCAGGGUAUGGAGUAAAACACGCACAUUACAGACUCUUGCCAGCCUAUUUCUUAGGUGCCCACUCAUCAGAAUAUUUAUAUUUAUGUGUUACAAAACGAUUUCUCUUAUCUUAGAACUGUUAUUUGUUUUAAAAAAACUUGAACAUAAUAUAACCUGUAUAUGGAGGUUUAUCAUCUGUAGAUAUAACUUUUUCUCGUAAUCUGAUCAGCAGUCUUAUUAAAACGACUAAUGAAACAAGUAUUAUAAAACAUGAAGCCUUGGUUAACGAGGAGUGAUAAUCGACGAGAAAUGAAACAUGACCCAUUUUCUAAUUUCUUUAAAAAUUUCAAAAAAGUUAAUAUUUAAUGCCAUAGUUUUUAAAAGUAUUCUUACGUCUCCAUGUUUUAUGUUUUUAUGAAAAUAUGAAAUCAAUUGUACUUAUGACAACUGUACUUAUUAAGUUUUAUCGGGAGGAUGAUCAUUUCAACAUAUAUGCACUUUGUGAUGUUUUACAAGUUUUUGCACACCCAAAAUGUUUGUGGGAAUGUUUUGUGAAAAUCGGAAUUGUGAUUGACCAGAGUUAAAUGUAAUCAAAUUUUGUUAUUUGACUGACAUGCUCAUGAGAUUCUAGUCCGUUUGAUCGACAGCUUAUAGAUAUCUCAGAUUCAAGCAAUACAGCGCUAUCAACUGAUCAAAUUCCCUCUAAAAUUUCCAGAUUGCUUACUCUCAAUGGAAAACACAGUUCUUUAGCUUUUUUUGUAAGUUUUUCUUACAAAAACACAAGAACAAUAUAACAAUAACUUGAUAAAGGAAAUCCGCUAAUACGUAAAAGGCAUAUUGGCACAAAAGAAAAACAUUAGCAAUCACUCAACAUAGAAAGAGAGGAAACGCUACGAAUUAUCUCAGUCGCCGGCACGACUAAUUGGCGACAUUAUAGAAACGAAAAAAAAUUUAAUAUAGAACUUUGUUAGAAGGGCAAUGUCUUACGGACACCACACAAAAGGUAACAAAUUGCAUGGCUUUUAUAGGGGAACUGAAAAAAUCAGUUAAUGGAACAAAGCGGCUGAAUGUAUUCCGGUCUUUUCGUGCGCUAUAUACAUCUUGUUGACAUAACUCCGUUGAAAGGCCUCAAGGCUAACAUUACCUACAAAUUGCACCAAACAUUAGGGGUUAUCAACAUCAGUUUAGUGAUCAAGAACGGAGACUGGAUGCCUCUCCCAGACCGAAAGCGCUAGCACACCUAAAGGCUGAACCAAUCUUGAAAUAUUCUUGGAAAAAAUAUUCUUGGUGGAAAUAAAUGCUAAACCAAUCUUUUGA